GUAAUUUGAUUAUUUGAAAUUUAGAAGAAAAACAAUUCAGUUCUUGUUUAAAAAAUUUAUAAGUGAUUAUCAAUUAUUUUUGUCACACAAUGUUUAAAUUCUUGGUUGGAACAUUAAUUGUUUGCAUUUGUUUAACACAAAUCGCUCAAAGUUUUAACGUUGAGUUAGAAGGACUUGAAGUCGGAUCGCAACAUGCAAGGCAUAUUGUAAAACGUCAAAGUAGCUGUACUCCAGGAGAAAGAUAUCAAAGAGAUUGUAAUACCUGUACCUGUCAACAAGAUGGAAGAAGUUCAAUUUGUACAUUGAAAGCAUGUAAUGAUGUUAGAAUUCUACGUAGACCUACAAAUGUUUAAAUAAUGUAAUAAAACUUUUAAAAUUAUAAAAAUUUUUAAUAAAUACUUUAAUUAAUGUGUUUUCAUUUAAUUUGGUUUUAAAACUCGCAUAUCCAAUAUUUCAAUUCAAUGGAACACUACAGAUGUUUGGUGCUAUGAGAUGACUAGUUGCGCCAAAGCUUCGUUUCUCGAAAUGGGGUGAUGGCCCAUCCAAAAUUCUUCCGUUGAUUUUCGUAAUUUAUCACUCUUAACCUUAAAUCAUGAAGGGUCCUUAGAAGAUUUUAACGUAAGAAAUAGUCACCAUUUUAAUUGUCAUGAUUUGAUGAAGUCCUGCUGUUAUAACUUGGACCACUCUGUAGAUACAUUAUUCUUUUUGAGGUAUAAAUCAAUGUAUGAUUGGCAUUGUGUAGGGGU